AUGGAACCUCCACCUGAUCCGUCACCGUCAUCCGCAUUGCCGCGCUCGCCUGCAAUUCCAAACAAAUCAACCUCACGAGAAGCGUUGGCCAAACCGAAUAGUGAUCCAAGCCCUACUAUGCCGACUGAGAAUACCUCGUCCCCCAUGGAAUCCUCCGCCACCACCAAAGUCUCCAACCAACAAGACCCGCCAGCACCCAAGCAAGGCAUCAAGCUUGUCCCACUGCACGACUGCACCGACAAGUCCACCCACCCUGCUACAACUACAAGCGCAAGCCAGACAGCCCCACCCCAGGUCCAAGUUCAACCUGUCCUCCCCUCGAAUUCAGGCACUGACAAGCCUAGUAACUCUGUUGAAAUUACGACAGCCAGAGGAGAUCAUGUUGAAAGCGAUGUCGUCCCAGACAACGAAACAGUCCUGGUCUCCCGCAUCCGCACUAUUGGUGGGUUGGAGAUCAGUUUCAGGGAGGAUGACAGUGGCUGGUUGAUUGUGAGGGUUCAGCGCUUUGUUUGA